AUGUUUUGGAGAUUUGGCGGCUACGCCAACAUCUCCACCAUCGAUACCAUCCUCGACAAGCCCGACUUUGCCCUCGAGGAGCUGCUUGACGAGAGCGAUCUCAUCCAGGAGCUUAAGCAGCACAACUCCAAGCUCAUUGAGUAUCUCCGCCAAGAUGACAUCCUCAAGCGCCUGCUCGAAUACGUCGUCGCCCCCAAGCUCGAGACUUUUGCGACGCCCCAGGAAAAUGAAGAGGACCAGAGAGGCAGGAACCGCCUCAUUCCCUUUUCGCGUCCUCGUGCAUCCUCGCGCAACACCGACUCGGCCGAGAAUGAUGACGAAGAACAAGAAAAGAGGCGCAACCGCUACGCCCUCGUCGCCUGCGAGGUUCUGAGCUCCGACACCUGGUCCAUCUACGAGUCCCUCACCGAUAACAAACAGCUGAUCAAGGCGUUUUGGAACUUCUUGUCCCGACCCGCGCCCCUCGACCCUCUCCAGGCCAGCUACUUUACCAAGGUCAACGAAUCGCUCUUUGAGAAGAAGACCGAGGAGAUGAUCGAGCUGCUCCGGACCCUCCCCGAUGCCGUCCCCGACAUGCUGAGACAUGUUGAAUGCCCCAUGAUUAUGGACCUGCUUCUUAAGAUUAUUGCCAUGGACCGUACUGAAGGCGGCCACGGCAUUGUCGAGUGGCUCUACUCGAAAGACAUCAUCUCGACGCUCCUCUCCUUUAUCAGUCCCGAGCACUCCUGGGUCGUCCAGACCGCCGCCGGCGACUUCAUCAAAGCCAUCAUCACUAUUUCCGCCAACGCAUCACAAAACGAACAGCAAUGCAUCGGGCCCAACGAGCUCACCCGCCAAUUGGUGUCCAAGGAGUGCGUCCAGCAGCUGGUUAGCUACAUGCUCCACGGCGGCAACCCCCUCACGGUCGGCGUUGGCAUCAUCAUUGAAGUCAUUCGCAAGAAUAAUUCCGACUACGAUCCUGAUGUCCUUGCCGAGGCUGAAAACGAGCCUUCCAGCCGUGAUCCCAUUUACCUUGGCACUCUUCUUCGUCUUUUUGCAGACAAUGUGCCGAAUUUCAUGAGCCUGAUAAUGGAGGGCCCUGCGCAGGGCAAUGGUAUCGCGUCAACAUUUGGCGAAAAAUUAGAGCCGCUGGGAUUCGACCGCUUCAAGACUUGCGAACUCAUGGCGGAACUUCUGCACUGCAGCAAUAUGGGCCUCCUCAACGAAAAUGGCUCGGAGCAACUGAUUGCCGCGCGCGAUUUGGAACGCCAGCGCAUGAGAGACGCUGGUCUCCUGGCCCCUGCACACGAAGAAGAGGCUGCCGGUGAACAUCUGACGAUACGUCAGGGAAUCCCCGAGCAAGGCAGACGUCUCGAGGUCACAAACCCUAAUGAGGAUGGCUUCGAAGAAGUUGAUGCCGCGACCGAAGGAACUCAGAAACAAGAAGAAAAGUCGACUAUUGUAGCGUUGAGAGACGACGAUGAAUUCGUUGACGAGCCACUGACAUCCCCGAAACUGGAUGCGACCAAGGGCAAGGAACAGCAAUACGAGAACCCUGAGCUUGUCGUUGCCCCCCUAUCACCCAGUAAAGCGCCAUUUGCCGAGCUUGACAAACCAGCUGCCUCGUCAACAACCCCCGAACCUGAACAGCCAGCAGUCUCCGAAAGCUCCGGAACGAAAGAAGAGAAGGAGACGAGAGCGGAGAGCUCUGCCGCAGCUGUUGAAAGCAUUACCAGAGACACCAGUAAAUUAGAUGUCGCCUCUCCCAACGACACCUUUUCUGUGGUUCGAGCACUUUCACCACACCCCGAAGAUACCCCCGCACCACUGUUUUCCGCACCGCCUGCCCCGGAGCCACCCGUCGGGGCUACACCAACUUUAGAGGAUGAUGCACGACCAACCAGCGAGUCGGUAGAAGCGGCUGAAAUUACCAUUGCCCACGUUCCCGAGGUACCACCUGCGCCAGAGCUCGACAUGCCGGGCGAACCGGUUGUUGGAGACUACCUGAAGCAGCAGUUCGUUGAGCACCGUGUUGUUCCCGCCAUCUUGUCAUUUUUCUUUAAAUACCCAUGGAACAACUUUUUGCACAACGUCGUGUACGAUGUCGUCCAGCAAGUAUUCAAUGGCCCUAUGGACCGAGGCUACAACCCUACUUUGGCUGUAUCUCUCUUUGAAGCCGCUGACAUCACAACCGCCAUCAUCGACGGCCAGCAAGCUAGUGACGAGUCCCAGGCCAAGACCAAGACCCGCAUGGGCUACAUGGGUCAUCUCACCUUGAUUGCUGAGGAGGUUGUCAAGUUUACUGAGAGACAUCCGCCCGAGCUGCUCUCCGAGACUGUUUUAGACAAGGUGAUGAGCGCAGGCUGGAUUAACUACGUUGAGGGCGCGCUCGCAGAAACCCGUGAGCGGGACAAUGCCAUCCUGGGUGGCGUGCGGCCCGAAGUGGCGCUUGGCCACCGUGGCAGCAUUGGCGCUGGCGGUAUCGGCGGUCUUACGGGCCUCAGCAACACUCCAGCAGGCGCCACCGCAUUGGCGGAAGCUGGCUUGAAUGGUGGCAUGGAACUCAGUGACAACAGUGGUAGCGGUAUAGGACCGUUUGCGAUUAGCGGAGGAACAUUAAUAUCCGGGUUUGGAAGCAGCAGCGACGAAGACGACGAUGACGGGGAAGGAGAAGAUGAGGAUGUCAACACCGAGUUUCGCUCCUACGGCGAGCAAGGUGGCUCUCUCGACCCGCCGUCAAUACCGCCGCCGCCACCGCCGCCUCCGCCACUGAACAUUCCGCCAUCGCGCGCCCGGCUGCAGCUCGCGGCGAGGCUGGCUAUGCAUCAGAAGAACAGUCAAGAUAGCGCGGCUUUUGGCGGCUCAUACAAUGGUUUUGACGACGAGGAUGACGAUGAUGACGAUGAUGUGGACGGCGACGAGGGACGCAACGCAGCGGAUCCCUUUGCCGACGUUGACGAUGAUGACCUUGACGACGACCUAGAUGAGGACGAGCCCCAGAGGGACAGCCGCGGCGGGUGGUGGCGCGACGUCGUGGGCCGGGCACCGGGCACCGGCGACCCGGACGACUCUGAUGACGAGGAGUUUGGCGACUUUGCCAUGGCGGAGGAGGAAAAGAGUGGCGGUGGCAGCGGUGCCAAAGAGGGCGCCGACAACACGCCGUCCUCGUCGACAACACCGGACAAGGUGCUCCUGAAACCGCUAGCCGUCAAUCCCAUGAAGGAGGCUGCGCGAGGCCUCAGCGGCCUGUGGCCGUUUGGCUCCCGGGCAGAUUCGGCCACGAUGGCGGAAAAAGUGGGCGAUGACGACGAGGAGGAGGGUGAAGUGGUUGUCCCCGCAGCGGGCGAGGGCGAACACGGCCAUGGUCAAGGCGGCCCGGUCGAGGCUAAGGAGGGGAUUCGCCGCGAGAGCAUUGAAGAGGUGGACGAUGAUGAGGCUGUCAAUGUCAAAUGA